GGAGCAGAAAACAGCAUGAAUCAAUUUCUGAGGGAGGAGACUGUCAUAAAUAGCCCUCUGAUGGCAAAUUGGUUUCACUUCUGCUUGUGUAAAUAGUUCUUCGCGACUGUGGCCACAAGUGACUGUAUACCUCAGCUGGUUCCACAUAUCUAUACCAAAGCAGAGAAACUGCCACCAUCUCUUUUGUGGGGUCCCAGAGCCAAAGCAGAAAAAGUGACAUCUGGACCCCGUCCAGGAGACCACAUUCCAUGUAGUUGUCAUAUCUUCCUAGGCCCCUCUUGGCUGUGGCAGAUUCUCAGACUUUCCUUGUUUUCGAUGACCUUGACAGUUUUGGGAAGUACUGGCCAGACAUUCUGUAGGAUCAGCCUCUCUUGAGGCUUGUCUCUUUUUCCCGCUGGUUUUCCUAAGUGGACAAAAGCAGACAUUUACGUAAUAGGAAAUGGCAGAAACGGAGGAUUUUGUGGCUCAGGGACCACAUCCAGUUGACGAUGAUUUAUUUAAAGAACCAGCAAGAAAAAGACGCCGAUCAGAUCGAGAGCAGCGCUUCCGAGGCUUUCCCUCCGUGGAACGAAGUGCCCUUAAGGAGUAUGAAAAACUGGAGUCAAGAACCAGAAGGGUUUUGAGCAACACUUACCAGAAACUUAUUCAGUCUGUCUUUCUGGAUGACAGUAUCCCUAACGGAGUCAAGUAUCUCAUAAACAGGCUGCUUGCUUUGAUUGAAAAACCGCCAUUGGACCCAAUCUACAUUGGAUUAUUUGGAAGCACUGGGGCUGGGAAAAGCUCCUUGAUCAACGCCAUCAUCCAGCAAGCAAUGUUUCUACCAGUGUCUGGAGAAAGUAUAUGUACCUCAUGUAUCGUGCAAGUGAGCUCCGGUUGCUGUGAGCGGUAUGAGGCCAAAAUCCACCUUCUUUCUGACCAGGAAUGGAAGGAGGAGCUGAAGAACUUGACUGAACUCCUGCGUGGGAUAGAGGAGCUGGGCAGAGAAGAGGUGGACGCGUGGGCCCCAGGAGACGCAGUGGAGGAGGCUGUCUGGAAGCUACAGAUGCUUUAUGGCCCCGGGGCAGAAAGGAAGACUUACGAGGAGCUGCUGAGGGCGAAGCCCAAAGGGAAGGUCCCCGCGUCCAGGACCAUCACCCUCAAGGCAGAAGAGGCAAGGGAGCUGUCUGUCAAGCUGGACCCCUACAUCAGGACCCAGAGGAGAGACUGGGAUGGAGAGGCGGCUGAGACACACAUCUGGCCCUUGAUCAAACAGGUGGAAGUGACUCUUCCCAAGUCAGAGCUGAUUCCAGAAGGGGUUGUGCUGGUGGACAUUCCGGGCACAGGCGACUUCAACAGCAAGCGAGAUGAGAUGUGGAAAAAGACCAUCGACAAAUGCUCAGUGAUCUGGGUCAUCAGUGACGUGGAGAGAGUCUCUGGAGGCAGAGCCCACGAAGACCUUCUGAGCGAGAGCAUCAGAGCCUGCCAGAGGGGCUUCUGCGGGGACAUUGCCCUGGUCGUCACCAAGACCGACAAGCUCUACCUGCCCGAAUAUCUGAGGGAAAGAAAAGGGGGAAAUCAAGCUAUUCAAAGUCAGCGAGAGGCUGUCUUAGAAAGAAAUGAAAUGAUAAAAAUACAAAGGAAUAGAAUUCUCAAGGAAAAACUAAAGAGAAAACUGCCUGCUGAUUGCAAGGUUCUGAAAGCCUCAGAUCUGGUGUACACGGUCAGCGCCCAGGAGUACUGGCAGCAGGCUCUCCUCACCGAGGAGGAAACUGAAAUCCCCAAGUUAAGAGGCUACAUCAGGAAAAGGCUCUUGGACAAGAAGAGAAGGAUGGUGACCACGUACGUGAUGGAAGCUUCUGGUUUGUUGUUCCUCACAGACAGUUUCAACUGCGCGGAAAGUCUGCCGAACGAAUACCUGCAUAUGAGUAGCCUGCGGAGAUUUGUGGAAGAGAAGAUACAGCUGCUGGAGAAAGCCACUGAGCAGUGCUUCGCCCACAUAACACAGCCUCUGCAAGAAGGGGUCAGAAAGGCCAGGACCUCCUACCGGCGGAUCCUCGGGGCCUGCCUGGUGAGGAGCAGAGGAAACCAGGGUUUUCACCAGACUCUGAAAGCUGUUUGCCUGAAAAACGGCCUCUAUGCGUCCAGGACUCUCCCAAGAAUAGAUCUGAACGCAGCCAUCACUCAGCCCAUCUAUGACCAGAUUGAUCCCGUGUUUGGUGGCAUUUUUAGGGCUGGAAAGCCCACUGAUUCAGCAUUGAUGCCUCACAUAGAUGCUUUUAAGCACUCGCUGCAGGAGAAACUGGCCGAAAUUGGCAUAAGAAAUGGCUGGAAAUAUGACAGCUACAAUAAAAGUUUCCUGAUCCAGGAGAUAAGCGCCAUCCUGGGAGGCCUGGAGGAGUACAUCCUCAGGAAGAAGAGGGGGCUGUAUGAGUCUCUCACCACCUCUGUUCAGAAUGACCUGAAGCUCUGCUACGAAGAGGCAGCUCAGAUCACUGGCAGAAAAGCCUGUGAGAGAAUGAAAGCUGUCAUCCGAAGAGGGGUGGACCAGCAGGUGGCCGAGGGCAUGUUUGAAAGGGCUCAGGAAAGGAUGCAGCACCAAUUUCAGCAACUGAAGAAUGGAAUCACGGAGAAGGUGCAGGGCAGUAUCGCCACCAUGCUGACCCUGGCCUCGUCCCAGGGGGAUGGUCUCUACAAGGAGCUGGCAGAUGUCAAAAGCGAAUACAGGGAGAUGGAGAGGCUGCACAGAAGCCUGAGGGAGGUCGCUGAAAACGCAGUGCUGCGGCGAGGCAUGCAAGACUUCCUUCUGCGGAUGUCCCCCAGCAAAGUUGGCCCCCACAAGACGUAAAUUUAAUUCUUGGGGCUUAGCACCCAGUAGAUGAAACACAAGCCUGGACCAAAUAGUCAUAAUGACUUCGGUUUUUAAAAACCGAAUAAAGAGUAUCUCCCAAGUGUUUGGGCUUUAUACGCAAUAUAAAACUCAACAUGUUGUUACUUCUGGCAUAACCUGAUUGCUGAACAACAUCAUUCUAUUUUUAAUUCUAUAGCCCAAGAGAGUCAUCUUGAAUCCCUAAUGGAAUUUCUAAAGUUUAGGGGCAAGAAACCCAUGCUUCACCAAAGGAAAAUAUCUUAACAUUGAAAAACAAAUAUUUUUGGAGAAAGACCAUUGCAAAAUAAAGCUUUAGGGACCCAAUUCUAUUUCCCAUUUUAAUACUGGUAAGAUUUGGGGUGAGGAGGUAAUGCAUCAUGGAAGCGACUUAGGUUUGAGAGCUGGACCGACAAGACCCGGCUUUCUACUUCUCAGGAGUGUUAGUUAAGAUCUUAACCCUUUUGAUGUCAGGACUCUACCCUCUUAAAAAUUAGUGAGGGCCCUAAAGAACUUUUAUUUUUGUGGGUUGUAUGUAUUGACACUGUAUUAAAAAUUAAAACUGAGAAAAAUUGUAAAUAAUUAUUUACUAACUCAUAUAAAAUAAACCCAUUACGUGUUAAUAUAAAUAUGUUUUUAUAAAAAAAAACUUUCAAAAAAGUUUAGUGAGAAUGACAUUAUUUUAUACUUUUGCAAAUCUCUUUAAUAUAAGAUAACUGAAUUCUUUGUUUCUGUAUUCAGUCUGUUACAGUAUCUUUUUGGUUGGUGUAUAUGAAGAAAUACAGCCUCACACAGAUACAGAGUUGGAAUACGGAAGAGUAUUUUAAUAGCCUUUUCAGGUAGUUUACGGAUAUUCUUUGGUACGACAGCCUUGACAGGUGGUAGUUCCUUAAAGAUUGGUUGCAGUGUGGAAUCUGAAACCAUAUUAGUGAAUUCUUUUCAUAUUCUCUUACUGUACAUACAUUUCUAUCUCAUACUCUGAAUGUAUCUUUUACCAAUAGCUGAU